CUGAUACCAUCAGCCACUUUAGCAACGUCGGCGGUAAACUGGGCGGCGGGUUUAUUAGGUUCGCUCUUGAGAAGAUGGAGCAGUCACGGGUAUGCCGCAGGAAUGCGAAUCAGGGGGAGUGUGACCGCUCUUACACCAGCACCGUGCAACCAUCGCACGUCUGGCCGGCAUUUGAGGGUUACAGCCUGGCGGACGUCUCUGUCCUGUCCGUUAUCGCCAUGCCUUCAACGACUCUUGAUUUUGAGAAUGGGAGUCACUGCCCCAUCCGCCCCCAGGACGGAUCCUCGAUGGGACCACAGGACCGUCGCAGAGGCGCGGCAAUCAAUAUUAGUAGCACAGACUACUGCGCGAAUGAGUUAGCUGAGUGGGUGACGGGAAACCCGGUCCCGACAAAUCGUAGUCCGGGUGGACAGCCGGUGAUCACGAUGGAAACUGACGAAUUCUCACAAAGGUUCAUUGCUGCGCUGGGAAAGAUCGAGGAAGACGCAUAAUCGUCAACUGUGGAAGGGGCACUUUGAAGCGUCCGAGGGGUGCGAGGAAGGGCGAGAGGCAGGCGACGAGAAGCAGGCGACGGGACGCAGGAGAGUUGGGGGAAGAGGCGACGCCGGUGUGGCGACGGAAUCGGAGGCAGAAUGGUCAUUGUGCGGGCUGGCUUCUGACAAAGUGCGAAAAAGCCGGUUUAGGCGUUGGAUAGAGUUGUAACGGCCUCAUGCAGUAGGUAUAAUACACCAACCUGAUAUGGAACGACGGCACGGGUACUCUAAGCUUGAAGCCCAGAGAAGCAGAGGCG